UAUUUCUCAGCGUUUCCUGCCAGGAACCUGUCUUGUCAAAAUUCAAAAACGGCAACCUCCGACUUGUGGUCAUUGGUGGUCAUGAGUUCACAUUGCGAGCACGUGAGCGGAAUAUGCCAAUCUACAUAUUACCUUCCUAUUACCUCACCCAAUCGACUUCAACCAGGUGCAUCUGUUCUGUGUUUUCCCCACACAAAUACCAACAGUGACCACCGUCUCAAAAUCCCACAUGCCUCCCGCGAGUAUCGCAGAUAACAAUGCGCUCAAAGCGGAUAUUACAAUAAUGCAGAAUGGCGAUAGGACUCAGGGUGAUACUCAGGGGAACCUGGCAAGGAACCGCAAAAAUAAAGUGCAAGAUGAAUCAAUUAUCAUCCCUAAUCAGCAGCACAGGCGGGAUAAAAGUAGGGAGCCAAGGGAAGCGUGUCGCCACAGCAUUAUAUUUGAUUCCGAGGAUGAGGAAUGUUACGAGGACACGGCUGAUUUCAUACAUCGUUCUAACCGAAGACAUUCAUCUGCCGAUGGACCUCGACCCUAUUCAACCGUGUCCGGAGAUGAUCCUCAGGGCUCUAGUGAUCGACCCAGUCCACGGGUCCACUUUCGUUCUCGUGUACGGAUAACUGCUGGCAUGCGUCGCAGACGGCUUUCUGAUGGACUGCCGUCUGGUGCUUCGUCGAUAUCAGGCUCACCUUGCUCGUCCAUUUCUGCACCAUUGCGCUCUGCGAAUGCUGCAAGUUCAAAAGGAUGGGGUCCACUAGGUCAGCGAGUAAGUAUCCUCGCAUCACAAAACUAUACUUCAGAGCCAUCAUCACCUACUGGUCGGCGGAAAACACGACACAGAAGUAACCUACCAGAACCGUACCACAGUCCUGUGAAUGAACAAACGCCACUCAUACGACCUCCUUGCAGGUACUCGUAUGCAAGAGGAUAUAACGAAGAUAGUAUAGGGGACGAGGUCGUGGAGAGGCGGCGAGAAGAUGUGAUAGACGACGCUUUCGGCAAGUGGCCCGGGAGACUGUUAAACCGCCACUGGUGGUGGUGGCAACUUGAAUUGCUUCUUUGCUGCCUCUGCAUGGACUGCUCUGACGUAGAGGAAUAACAUCAAAAUACUGCGCGAAAUCUCUUGAUCUCCAUGCCAAUACGCAUGUACGAGGUACCACCCAGGCGCGGUGACGUCGUUAGUGAUUAUUUGCUUUCGCGCUAU